CUCCUCGCCGCGGGCUGGCCUCCGGCAGCCCCCGCGGCCCGCAGCGGGCGAUAUGUGCUGUUGGCUCCCUCGUCCGCGCUCCUCCUCCCUCCUCCCUCCUCCACCCUUUCCGCAGUCCUUCUGGCUCAGGCGUUUCGGCCCGCGCCGGGGCGAGCCAUGGGGGACUCCAGGAGGCUGAACUACUCCCGGCGCCUCCAGAAGGACACGGACCUGAAGGACCUGUCCCAGAAAGACGUCUCCGCGUGUGAGGAUCUCGAUUUCUCUAAGAACCGCCUCUGCGGCGAUCGCUUGCAGAAGGUUCUGGAUGUGUGCGGCAAGUGCGAGAAGCUGCGCGUCCUCAAGCUCUUCAUGAACGACAUAGACGACGAUGGCGCGGAGGCGCUCGCAGCGCUGGUCCGAAGGACGCCGACGAUCGAGGAGAUGCACCUGUCGCACAACCGCUUCACCUCGAGAGGCGUGGAGGCGAUAGUCGAGGCUGCCGAUGGGGCGCGACCCUCCAAGGCCAACCCCUUGUGGCUCCGCCUGGAGCAGAACGACGUGUCCGACCCAGACAAGGUCAUGCAAAAGCUGCAGUCCCGCUUCAGCGUCUGUGCGCGGAAGGACCGCGACCGCUGCACCGUGAGGAUGUGCGUGAAGCACUGCCGGGUGCACCUGCCGCACUUCCGCUUCCAGCGCGGCGGCGUGCAGGGCGACAGCGACGGCGUGGGCGAGCCCGUCGGCAGGCGGAGGAAGCGGCCGAGGUCGGAGGCGGGCGGCUGGGGCGGCAGCGGCAGGGGCGGCGGGGACGGCCGCCACGGAGGAGACGGAGGCAGGGGCCGCAGCCGCGGGGCGUCGCGGCCGCGCGGGCGCGCCGGCGGGGGCCGCGAGAGCGCGUGGGGCCGCGCCAGGUCUCCGGACUCGGACCCGGACAGGGCGUGCGGCAGGGCGCAGGCCGCCGCGGAGCGCAUCUCCCGGAGGGCCGGCGGCGUCUACGGGCGCGCGAUGGGCGGGCUGCUGGGCGACCGGGCUCGGGAGGAGCCCCGUGCAGUGCUCCGUGGCGACGAUGGCGCUUCGGAGGACGCGGGCCGCGCACCGGUGCUGCGGAAGCGGCGCAGGGUGGAGCUCAAGGGCGCAGACCAGGUGCGCGAGGCGGAGGCGGCCAGGGCGGCCGCGGCGGGGGCGGCGCGGGGCGGCGCGUCCGACCCGGAGGACUGGGAGGCGGCGGCGUCCGCGGACGAGGGCGCGCGAGAGGCUUCGCGCGCCGCCGCGGCGCGCGCCGCCGCCGCGAGCGAGGCGGCCUCCGAGUCGCCGCCGCCGCGAGGGGAGGCCUCGCGGGCCGCCGCGGCGCGGGCCACCGCCGCGCGCGUGGCGGCCUCCGAGUCGCCGCCGCCGCCGCAGAGGGAGGCCUCGCGCGCCGCCGCGGCGCGCGCCACCGCCGCGCGCGUGGCGGCUUCCGAGAGGGCCGCCGCGGGCUCGCCGCCGGCGAGGGGCGAGCAACGCCGCCGCGGUUCCAUCUCGGUCCCCAGCAAGUUGACCCUCAUCAUGGACAGCUUCGUCAGGAAGACCAGGUGA